GGAGAGAGGAGAGCGAGAGAGGGAGAGAGAAGAGGGAGAGAGACAGAGAGGAGAGAGGAGAGAAUUCAGCCUUUAAUUAGUUGCGAUGUUUUAGAUUUGCAGAUGUUUAGUAUCGCAGGCGUGUUUCAUUCUGCAUGAAUCGACUUUUUAAGAAACACAAAAUUAAACACAACAACUGUAUUGAUAUCUUAUUUUCUGUUGGAGAAAGAAAGCCAGCCCUUUUGAAGCAAGGUCGGGUGCAAAGGAGCGGUUUCUUCAUAUUUGAACAGCAGGAUGCCGUCGGUAAUGGAGCGGGCCGGUGCGGGAAUCCUGUCCCGGAGCCGGGCCAAAAAUGCGAGCAACGGAAACAGCGUUCAGCACUCUGAGGAGAGCAGCGAUGAAGAACACGCCAGCGACAGCAUGAUGAUCAGAGUUGGUGGAGACUAUCAAGCUGCUAUCCCAGAGUGCAAAGCAGACGCAGAGACUCGCUUCAGCGAGAAGGAAUCCAAAGGCAUGUUGGUCUGGUCUCCCAAUCAAGUCGUGUCGGACGCGAAACUGGACGAGUACAUCGUGAUGGCGAAGGAGAAGCAUGGUUACAACAUGGAGCAGGCUCUGGGGAUGCUGCUGUGGCACAAGCACGACGUAGAGAAGUCUCUCGCUGACCUGGCUAACUUCACCCCCUUCCCUGAGGAGUGGACUCUGGAGGACAAGGUGCUGUUCGAGCAGGCCUUCAGCUUCCACGGGAAGAGAUUCCACAGCAUACAGCAGAUGCUCCCGGAGAAGGUGAUCCCAAGCCUGGUGAAGUAUUACUACUCCUGGAAGAAAACGCGCAGCCGCACCAGCGUGAUGGACAGGCAGGCGCGCAGGCUGUUGAGCAGCAAAGAGAAGGAGGAGAGCAACGACGAGAUGGAGGAGGGGAACGGAGCCAGCGACAGCGACUUCCACGCCGACGCCAAGAGAGAGUCCAUCUCUCACAGGCAUCCUGGUGGUGGUUCUGGCGCUGGUUCUGGUCGGAUGGGUCCAAUGAAGAAGGAUCCGCUGAGCUUCCAGAACCGACACCACCCCCUGCGAGCUCGCCGGCGCCCCCCCAAGGGCAUGUACCUGAGCCAGGAGGACAUCACAGCCGUGUCAGCAAACACGGACACUGCGACCCUGAGACAGCUGGACACACAGCUAGUGUCUCUCAAACGCCAGGUCCAGAACAUCAAACAGAUCAACAGCAGCCUGAAACAGAACCUGGAGAAGGGAAUCGACCAACUGCGCCCUCUGGAGGGGAACCCCAAGGUGAAUUCGCGAUGGACGACUGAGGAGCAGCUCCUUGCAGUGCAGGCGAUCCGUAAGUACGGGACGGACAUGGCGGCGAUCGCCGAGGUCGUCGGGAACAAAACCGUCCCGCAGGUCAAAUCGUUCAUCGUGAGCUACAGGCGCCGCUUCAACCUGGAGGAGGUGCUGCGCGAGUGGCAGGCCGAACAGGAAGUGCCGGGGCAUGCUGGGAGCGCGGCCUCGUUCGACGGGGGCAAGGGCUCGGGGGCGGGGUCGACCGCCAGCAGCGAGGAGGAUGAGGAGGAGGAGGAGGAGGUCAGAGGUGGUGGAUUUUUCACAGUGUGCUUUUUCUCCUCAUGCUGAUGGGCUUGCUGUCUGGCGGCCCGCAUCUGGAGAACCGUCAACCAGACUGUCA